AUGCAUGGGCGAAGACGCGGCCGCAUCGAGUGCAGGCCUCCAUGCUCGGAGCAUUGCUCCGUGCGCUGCACCGCAAGAUGGCCCGAGGUUUUACUGACCCGAGGUUCCAUUCACCACCCUCAUUUCGAAAUUCGCACGGCCGUCAGCAACUGGCCUUUCAAACUCGAGCAUAGUUCCCUGGUCAUGAUAUUUGCCGCUAGUAAAGCGAUGCUAGCCAUCGGUCUGGCAGUCAAUGGUAUUUGCCAGUCAACCGCGACAACGUCUCGCAACCUCACUUCGACCAGCCCAGCUGCAUACAUGGCCACCACCUACAGCGCCAUGCACUCCACGGCAUAUCCUCUCACCGACAGCGACACUCUCGACACGACCGCGCUCGAGAAUGCCAUCGACGCCGAUAUGGCGUUGAUCGCGCAGACCUUCACACACGUCCGCACCUUUUACUCCCAGUUUUAUGGUGUGGGCGUCGCCCAAUACGCUGCCGCACAUGGCAUCAAGCUACAUCUGGGCAUCUACAUGACCGACGAAUCGUGGCAACAGGACCAGAUCAACAGCGCGGUAGCUGCCGUCCAAAAAUUCCCUGGCACCGUCGAGGCGAUUCUGAUCGGUAACGAGAACAUGUUCACCGGCACCACGGCGUCCGACAUCAUUGCCAUCGCCACCUCUAUCAAGAAAACCCUCGGUGAUGCUGCCGACGGCAUCCUGUUCGGCACGGUGCAACGCUCAACUGAGUACCUAGACACAGCCUACGACGACCAGAUCAACCAGCUGUCCAAAAACCUCGAUAUCCUUGGAGUGAACCUCUACCCGUUCUUUGACAACAACUACGAUUCUACAAAACCUGCGGCACUACUAGAUGCAGUCUGGAACGCCAUCGCCACCAAAUAUCCGGUAUCGCAGUUGCUUACGUGUGAGACGGGUUUCCCCACAGCGGGUGAUCCAUCCACCUUGUCACCUGAUGUGACGCCCUCACUGGACGCCUCCAUUCAGUUCUUCAAAGCUGUCACUUCAUGGGUCCCUACUGGGGGCGAGACAUCGUUGAAGUUCUGGUUCGAUUUCUUCGAUCGCCGAUCGGACGAUACGUCCGUGGACGUGGAGCUCGAAAAACACUUCGGUAUUUACACGUACGACGGCCAGCUGAAGAGCGGGGAGUUCCUGACGGCUCUGGGUGGUGCUUCCGCCGUUUCGUCCAGCUCGAGUUCAGCCACAACGACGUCGAGUUCAACAACGUCGGUGUCAGCAUCUACCAGUCAGACCCAGACUCAGACGGACGACUCGAUCUCGACUAGCGAGAUUUCGAAUGCUACCACGACGUCGAGCUCAACGUCAACUUCAGCAUCGACCACCCAAACCCAGCCGGACAACUUAAGUCCGAUCAGCGAGAAUCUUGCGGAGACAACUACGACUACUGCGCCGUCCACGACUCCAUUUCUAACGGCGGAUACCCCGAUUGUCACCACUACAUCUUCCCCCUCCACUGCUACCCCCAUAUCGGACUCCGAGCCCGCCGUGAAAAAACACGAUAGCUGCUAA